AUGGCGACAGCUCCUUCCUUCUGGGCUGCUGGUGGUAGCAAGAUCAAGUCCGCAGACUCUCGGAACCCCAAGAUCGCAGAAGCGCCGGCCAAGUCUAAACCAGACCCUCAACAGAAGAAGGGUCUCGUACUGAAGGGCAUGACUAACGGCCAGACCACCAGCGGUGCAUCGAUUGGUCUUUACCCAAAGGCCGCUGUUGGCAAGAGAACCAACUGGGCCGACGAGGACGAUGAUGAUACCACUUUUAUCACCGAGUUCAUGAGCCAAGACCCCAAGAUCGCCGCUCUCGAGACCACUGUUGCCCUCAAAGAGGAGCGCAUCAAGGAGUUGGACGCACUGGUGGAAACCAAGGCGCUUCGAAUUGCGGAGCUGCAAGGCGCAGUCCAAGACAAGGAUAUUCAUGUCGGCGAUCUCGAGACGGAGAUUCAAAAGAAGGAUGUUGAGAUUGAGAAGCUCAAGAAGGUGAAUAGCGAUCAGCUCGCUCACAACCAGGAGCUUCUGCGCGAGGCUGGAGAGAAAGACAACCAGAUCAAGAACCUGAAGGCUGAGCUAGAAGAGAAGGUUUCGACAAUUGGUAACCUUGAGGAAGCGAAGAAGGCUGCGGCCAUUAGCAGCUUCGAGCAGGAGUCGGCCGCACUAGUCCCUAUCCCCACGAACGACGAGGUGACCACUGAGGAUGAACGCAAGAACGAAGUAUCGGAGAGCAUUAAGUCUAAUGGCGCCGAUGUCGUUACUGAGAAGGAUAUCAAGGCCGAGGAAACCGCAUCGGUGGCUUCUGGUUCAGAGAGCUUUGUGAUCAUCGAUCCUCCCGUGACUGAGGGCCUCCAGGAUGAGAAGCCCGCGACCGUCAUCACUAAACAGUCCGAAGAGACCGGAGUGGCCAAUAACACUAGCGGUCCAGCCCUCCUAACCUCCCAUUUUCCCACGUUCGUGACCAAGGAGACACUGAAGGUCGUUCCACCGACCCCGAAGCCCAAGACCCUGACCCUUGGCAUUGACAUGUCGAGGUACGGAAAGAAGCCAGUCGUGUCGACUGCUGCGAAGACUCCGCGCCCAUCGUCGCCCGUGGCCGAGCUGAAUGGCCAUACCACACCUUGGGGUCAUUCAUCUAGACAGGCGCGCGACAAGACGGGUGCCAUGCCAGAGCUCAACCCCUCGGCUGACAUUCGUCACAUGCCGCAUGGGCAGCGCGUCGUCUUCGGCAACGGUCCCGAGGUCAUUAUCAAGCUUGGAGAGGUCAAACUGGCCACUAUUCCCAAGUAUGUCCUAAUGCAGUGCUCAGGCAAGGCUUACAAGCACUUUACUGCUAACCCCGAUGCGACCUCUUGGGUUCUUCCCGCCGGUUCAAUGGACGCGGAUGCUGCGACGGCGCACGUAAAGUGGAUGGACGAGAUGACGUAUCAGAGCAGGGUCUACUCUGUCCGACUGCAGACUGAGACGGUAUAUGACAAGAAGAACUUGCAUAUCUGCCGCGCUGCCCGUGUCUUAGGUCUCAACAACACCUACGUGGCUCAGUUCACCAAGCAAUUCUGCGACCGUAUCCGCGCCCAGGAUGUGUCGUUCGAGUUCAUGGACCUUCUUUGCCAGUUGGCAUACCCGGAGAACGACCCGGUCUUUGACUGCCUGGUUCACAACCUUGUCAACCAGAAGAAGGUUGGCAACACCAAGGGUGCGGCCGAUUUGGAGAAGUUGGUGGCCAAGCAUCAGUCACUGAAGGACAAGGCGGAGAAGAUUGAGAAGCGCAUCGGAGGCCGUCCACGCAAGACCUGGAACUCACCCGAGGGUAGUACGCGUGGUGGGAGCAACGAGCGCAGCUGCGGCGUUGGCGGCAAGGGUGGGAACCGUGGACAGUCGGCACCGAGCCACAAGCCUGUCACUCCAGCGCCAGGAAACAAGCCCGUUGCCCCGGCGGCUGGUGAGGCGUUGUUCACUACUCUCCACUAG